AUUGCAACAGGUUGCCUGAAUUUAAAAACAAUAUGAUCAGCCCAACAAGUAUAUGGAGAUUUACACGAGCUGUGGGCUAUGGUCGCUGAAUGCCGCAGCACAUAGGAGACAUGGCCACAUGGAGUGCUGGUCCAUGUGUAUGAUGCUUAAAAACUGAAACUAGUCCACAAGUCGGUACUACAGUAUAUAACCAAUCAUCCAACCAGUUGCACUUUCUGAUAAUCGGCCCCAUCAAAAAUCACACUGUCGCCAACUUGCAUAAGUGGCAUGACAAAACUUGUGGCCUUGUCUCCUGCACAGCCCAUGAUUGAUAUCUACACUUGACACUUGCGCUAGCUCUCUUCCUUCAACUAUAAAUCCGUGACCUGCCCAGCACACUCACUUCAUCCGCAAAAACAUAGCAACCUAAACAUCAGCAUUACACCUCGGAGGAAGUGCAUUUUAGCCAAGAAUACAAGAGAACCAUGAUCAGUUCAAAGAAGCUUGCUCACUUGGCCAAGAAGUGCCAGAGGAUGGUGGCCGCUGGUGACCGGCAAACUUCAGGCAGUAACGGGUGCUGCAGGACGGCUUCCAUGGCAGAUAAGGGCCACUGUGUGAUCUAUAGCGCCGAUGGAACACGGUUCGAGGUCCCAUUGGUGUAUCUCCGCACGAGGGUAUUCGUCGAGCUCCUAAGGAUGUCUCAAGAGGAAUUUGGCUUUACAAGCUAUGGCAAAAUCACAUUGCCUUGUGAUGCUUCUGCGAUGGAGUAUUUGAUUUAUCUGCUUAGAAGAGAGGCCUCGGAAGAGGUUGAGAGGGCAUUCUUGAGCUCCAUAGUGAGCCCUUGCCACAAAACGUCAAUGGGACUAAAUCAGCAAUUCGCUGUUUGUAUCUAGAGGUGUAUAUUUUGGCCCAUUUAGAUGUAAAUUAUCAGGAUUACAGGAAUCUAAACAAACAUAGUAGCUUUCUGAUCUUAUUUAAUCAGUUAUCGACAUUUUUCCCACGGGAAAGUCAACCUUUUGAUUCUUCGCAUCAGCAUGUUUUGCUUGUCAGGCCUUGCGAAGGUUCAGAUAUCUAGUUAACUGAACAGAAUUCACAUUUUGAAGCAUGUUUGCAAAUGUUAAAAAUAGAUAACUAUGGUUUUAAGCUAGAGCCAUGUAUGGGCAUCACAAACACUAGUGAAAGAUGAAAAACCUAAAUGGGUGUAGAGCUCAGUCAUAUCAUUUGCACAACUAAAGUUUGCAUUGGUGUUGCUUUGUCUAGUUUGAGCUAAGAAUAUGGUCCAGUAGAACUGCUCUCUUUAUAUGUAAUAUUAUUGAUUGAUUAUUAGCUAGUUAAAGUUGUAUUGGUCCAUAUGGGUCACAUAUCCACAUGAGAUUGUACUAAUCAAACAUACCGUCUACUGAAGACUUGACGUGAACUUGUCAACCAAGUUGAUUGGACCACUCAGGAAAUUUAAUCUGGUAAUUCAUCAAC